UUUUGUUUAUGGUUCGUUUAUGUCCAGUGACACUCGAAAUCCCUAAAUUUAAUUAUUAUUUUUUACUUUUAAAGUUUUAGUUAUUUUUUCAAAUGUUGUUCUGCGUUUUUUUCGGUUUCGAUAGCUUCUUCUUCACACUUUUGCGAAAUGUGUUGGCUAGCAAUUUCCUACAUCAAAUGGAAAACAUUGCAAUAACAGUAAUAAACGUGUGCAAAUUUUUGAGAAUAUGUUAAUACAAAACGCCCGAGUGAUAUAAUUCAAUCAAUAAAUAAAAGUGACAACCAGGAAAAUGUCUCAGGAACAGCGGCCGAUGGCGCCCCGCAGCCGGGGGGCUAUUUUGGCUGCUUUGAGAGAGAUGCGGAAAGUGGGAGCCCAGCCACCGCAAGAAGAACCCGAGAAACCCAGGGGACGAGCUGCAAUGCUCGCGUUCUUGAAACAAACGCAAGUUAAACCCAUUGGUAGAGAUAUUGAACGAGAAGUUAUUGAGACCUCUGAACAACCUUUUCCAUCCCCUCGAAAGGAAGUGCUACUAAAAGAUAGAGAGUCUCAGAUUGAUAGGCUUGACCAGACGGUGUCUCAAAUGCAGGUGAAGGAACUUGUGUCAUUCAAAGGUCAACACGGCAAGACAUUGCAAAUCUCAGCAAAUUACAUCAAACUGUUUUGCGACAGUAACCGCGGCGUCUACGAGUACGAAGUCAUCAUAGAACCAGUGGUCGAUUCCAAAUAUAGGAGACAAAAACUGGUCAGCAUGGUGGUUCGUAACGAUCUCGACAACGUAAAAUUAUUUGACGGCGGCUCCGUUCUCUAUCUACCCACAAAAAUCACGGACGACAGAAAAACGUUCAUAACGACUUUGCCAGGCGGCGACGAAACGUUCGAGGUAACAUUUGUGUUCAAAAAAAAGAAAAAUAUGUAUGACAGCGAAUGCCUUCAUCUGUAUAAUAUUUUGUUCAAAAGAAUAAUGUAUAUUUUACUCUACAAACAAAUGGGAAGGAGCUUCUUCGAUCCCACGAACAAGCACAUGAUUCCCCAGCAUCAAUUAGAGGUACUACCAGGCUAUGCGGUCAGCGUUGAUCAAAUGGAGGGUGGCCUUUUCCUAUGCCUGGACACCCAACACAAAGUGAUGCGGACGCAGAACGUCUACAGUUAUUUAAUGGAGCUCAACGCUAGCGAUCCGUCUCGAUUCAAGGAAAUCGCCGUCGCAAACCUGAUAGGCAGUUGCGUUUUUACUAAAUACAACAAUCGUACAUACACGAUCGACGACAUUAACUGGGAGCUCACGCCCAAGGACACGUUUCCCACAAGGGAUGGAGGACAAAUUUCUUUUCUGGAGUAUUAUGAAAGACAACACGCAUUGAAAAUUCGUGAUAUAAAUCAGCCUAUGCUGGUGAACAGGAGUACCGUAAAGACAUCUACCGGUGAAAAGGAGGACAGACUGAUCUGCUUAGUACCUGAGCUAUGUCAUAUGACUGGAUUGACUGAAAGCAUGAGAAACGACUUUAAAGUGAUGAAAGACGUGGCGCAAUACACACGGGUAACACCCCAACAGCGUGUCAACGCCAUGCACAACUAUCUCAACAAGGUCCGUGAAAGCCCCGAAGCGCAGAAUGUUCUCGCCGACUGGGGCUUAAGCAUCGACGACCAACCCGUUCAAACAACUGCACGACAACUGGAGAACGAGCAGAUAUUCUUCGGUGACGGGAAAUCCGUGCAAACCAACAAUAACGCCGACUGGUCCCGCGCCACCAGUGAAUUUUCGGUGUGCACGCCGGUCGACAUCCGCGACUGGAUCGUCUUCUACACGGCAAGGGACGCCAAUAGUGCGAAGAACUUUGCGCAGCUCAUGGUACGGCUGAGCGGCGUGAUGGGGUGUCGGGUCAACCAGCCGAAACCUGUCCAACUCCCGAACGAUCGCACCGAAACCUACAUGAGCUCUUGCCGCGAGUACAUCAAUGACAAUGUGCAGAUCGUUGUGUUUGUGGUGCCCACCAUACGUCAGGACCGUUACGCGAUAAUCAAAAAGAUGUGCUGCAAUGUGAUUCCAGUCCCAUCCCAAGUAGUAACGUCCAGAGUUUUAUCUAAUACGAGUAAAGUACGUGCUAUUGUGCAGAAGAUUGCGCUUCAAAUGGUGGCCAAAAUGGGUGGCAGCCUGUGGAAUGUUAAAUGUCCCUUCAAAGGAUGGAUGGUGGCAGGUAUGGAUGUGUACCAUGGAAAAGGGGACAAAUCUGUGUGUGGUCUCGUGUGCAGCUUAAACGAAAGUCUAUCCCGCUACAUGACUCUAGUAAACUUUCAAGAUCAAGAAAUGGGAGAUCACUUAAAAAUUUCCUUUACGAAAAUGAUAGAACGUUAUAAAAAUGAGAACGGAUCAUAUCCUGACAAAUUAAUCAUAUAUAGAGACGGCGUAAGCGACGGAGAGUUGGAAAAAGUAAAACGAUAUGAAGUGCAACAAUUUAAAUCAGUAAUUGAACAGUUUGGUCUCGAAACGAAGAUCUGUUUUAUCACCGUCCAGAAGCGCAUCAAUACAAGAAUUUUUGCCCUAGGAAAUGAGACGCAUAAUCCACCUCCAGGAACGGUUUUGGAUCACACGAUGACAAGACGUACCAUAAAAGAUUUCUUUAUAGUGUCACAAAGCGUACGACAGGGUACUGUCAAUCCGACUCAUUACAUUGUGCUCCACGACGAAACCAACAUGAGACCUGAUAUAAUACAAAGGCUGACAUACAAAAUGUGUCAUUUAUAUUAUAAUUGGGCGGGCACAGUACGUGUACCAGCGCCAUGUCAAUAUGCUCAUAAGGUCGCCGGAUUGGUGGGACAACAUAUUAAAAUAAUGCCAUCUCAUGAACUUUGGGAUAAGUUAUAUUAUUUGUAAACGUAAAGUCUGCAAUGUUUAUUUAAAUGUUCAGUUUCUGUGGAAUUAUAAUUAGUUUAUGUUUCAUAAAUGUCCAUGAAGUAUAUAGUGUUACAAGAAUAUUUCAUAUUUCUUUAGAAUGUUAUCUUUUAAAUAUAUAUUAUAUAACUUAUGUGAUGAAUACAAUCAUGUAUUUGUUACUAAAGGGUUUUAGAAUUUAUGUAUGUGUUUAUCAAAUUAUAUUCAAUAAAUUCAAUAUAUUCAAA